AUGGCUAAUGAUGUAAAUGGAACCGAAUCCUCGGUCAACGGUACUGAUCCAAUGAAGCAAAUCAUAGAAAGAGCAGUUACUAGUUUUCUGCGAGCCGUACAAACCAACGUUAAUAACGAAUUACCUGAACGACGAGAAGAGCCAACUACAAUAAAACAGUUCCAGGACUUGAAACCUACCAUAUUCAUUGGCAGUACAAACCCAUUGGUGGCAAAAGCUUGGGUCAGAGAUAUGGAGAAAAUUUUCCGCGCACUACCUUGCACAGAAAGGCAGAAGGUGACUUUCGCCACAUUCACCUUCAAAGACAAUGCACAAGAAGGGUGGCUACUUACCCUGGAGAAAGAAGAUAUUGUGACUUGGGCCAGAUUCUUGGAGUGGCCGAAUACGAAAGCAAGUUCACGCCAACUGGCCCGAUUCACGACAUAUGUCAUCCCCACUGAAGCUCGAAAAGUCAAGAAAUUUGAAACAGGAUUGGAUCCUGAAAUCAAGGAUAGGUUGGAGGUUUUGAAACUACCAACCUAUGCGGCGGUAGUAGAUCGAGCUUACAUUACGGAAAAAGGGAUUAAGGCCUUGUGCUCCGGGGAACCAAGCCAGAGGAAGUGA